AUGUCAACAGAAGUCGCCACUGAUCCGAGCCCGCGGAGCGAGAAAGCAGUAUCUUCCCACCCAUUGGCCCCGCUAUCGGCAUCAGAACUCCAGAAUGCUGCGGCAAUCAUCAAAGCUUCGUGGCCGGCACACACGGACCUGCACUUCAAGGUUGUCACGCUGCAGGAACCACCAAAGGUCCAAGUACUGAAGUACUUGGAAGCGGAGCAUAGCGGCAAGCCAGUACCUUCUAUUUCAAGAAAAGCCUUCGUUAACUACUACAUUCGGAACACUAGCAAAUUUCAUGAGGCUGUUGUAGACUUGACCUCAGGCCGCGUGGAUUCCAACAUUCUUCUAGGCCCCUUCGUUCAUGCCAACGGAGAUGGCGACGAGAUCGUCGAGAUCGAAAAGCUCGUCUUGGCAGACGAGAAGGUACAAGCAGAGAUAGCCAAGCUCGAGCUGCCCGAAGGAACAGUGGUGAUUAGUGAUCCCUGGAUUUACGGUUCUGAUGGUGUCGGAGACGAAGACAGACUAUACCAGUGCUUCCUGUACCUCAGGGACCCGAUGAACUCAUCAGAAGCUGACUCCAACCACUACGCAAUGCCGCUUCCGAUCUCACCCGUUGUAAGCACAGAAAGCAUGCAGGUCAUUCGCGUUGACUUGCUACCGACUGGUGCAGACAACACAAUCAAACCAGUUGAGAAGUACAAGAUUCAACCACCCAACGAGUAUAUACCCGAGGCUCAAACUCUGCGGACGGAUCUCAAGCCCCUUAAUGUUGUCCAACCUGAAGGCGCGAGCUUCCAAGUCGAACAGCAAGGUACAUCAAACGUCAUCUCAUGGCAGAAAUGGAACUUCCGGGUUGGAUUCAACCAGCGCGAGGGUAUGGUGCUGUAUGACGUCCGCUACGACAACCGUAGUUUAUUCUACCGAUUGAGCUUGAGCGACAUGAACAUUCCGUACGCAGACCCACGUCACCCCUUCCACAAGAAGAGUGCCUUUGACUUGGGCGAUGUUGGUGCUGGUAUUAUGGCGAACAAUCUCAAGCUGGGCUGCGACUGCCUGGGCUCCAUCUACUAUCUGAGCUCCGUACUAGCUGACAACAAGGGGGGUGUUGUCGAAAUGCCUAACGUUGUCUGUGUCCACGAGCAAGAUGCUGGAAUCGGUUUCAAGCACACUAAUUACCGAACUGGCCGUGCAGUCGUCGCUCGAAACCGCGAGUUGGUGCUCCAAAGCAUUAUCACCGUAAGCAAUUACGAGUACAUCCUAGCCUUCAUCUUCAACCAGGCUGGAGAGGUCGACUAUGAGAUCAGAGCCACUGGUAUUUUGAGUACACAACCAAUCGAUGAGGGAGUUGAAGUGCCCUUUGGUACAGUUGUGCAUCCCGGUGUGCUUGCUGUACAUCAUCAGCACAUAUUUUCAUUGCGCGUCGACCCCAUGAUCGACGGCUACGACAACCGUCUCGUAUACGAUGAAGCGUUCGCUAUGCCGCGCUCGGACUGGAACCCUCAUGGCACUGGCUACUAUGUCCAAGAGACCGUCGUAGAGAAGUCUGGUGGUUAUGAUAUUGCAUACGAGAACAACCGUACUUUCAAGAUCCAGAAUCCGAACGUGCGAAACCCUGUCAACGGAAAGCCGGUCGCGUACAAGAUCCAAGCACCACCUUUCCAGAAGAUCUUGUCAGACAAGGACUCGUUCAACUACAAGCGCGCCGAGUUCUCCGACCACAACAUCUAUGUCGUCAAGCACAAGGACGGUGAGCUGUAUGCAGGCGGUACGUACACCAACCAGUCGAGGGGCGGAAGUGGAGUACGUUCAUGGGCGGAGAGGAACGACAACGUCAAGGAUACCGACUUUGUAGUCUACAUCCAGGCAGGAAUCAAUCAUGUUCCUAGGAUCGAAGACUUCCCGGUCAUGCCGUGUGAGAUUAUCAAGAUCCACAUGAAGCCGGUCAACUUUUUCGAUAAGAAUCCUGCGCUGGAUGUGCCACCGAGUGAGCAGGCGUUUAACAAGAGUAGCUUGCUGAGUGAGCAGCACCAGCAGCCUAGUGUGACUGCAACAAUCGGUGAGAAUGGUCAAUGCUGUACGCCGACGACGGCAAAGUUGUAG